AUGACAGAGACCCCAACUGCUCCAAAAACAACAACAGAGACCUCAACCACAACUUCAGCUGCUUCAACAACAACUACAGAGUCUCCAACAACAACGACAGAGGUUACAAGCACAACUACAGCUGAACCCACCACAAUUACAGCUGCACCAACGACUUCAGAGUCUCCAACCACAACUACAUCUGCUCCAACAACAACAGAGGCCACAACCACAACCACAGCGGCUCCAACAACGACUACAGAGUCUCCAACAACAACGACAGAGGCUACAACCACAACUACAGAGGCCCCAAUCACAAGCACAGCAGCUCCAACAACAACUACAGAGUCUCCAACAACAACGACAGAGGCUACAAGCACAACGACAGAGGCUUCAACCACAACUACAGCUGCCCCAACCACAACUACUGCCGCUACAACAACAACUACAGCUGCCACAACCACAACAACUGAGACACAAACCACAACUACAGCUUUACCAACGACUACAGAGUCUCCAACCACAACUACAGAGGCAUCUACAACAACUACAGCUGCUAUAACCACGACUACAGCUCCUUCGACAAUAACUACAGAGGCCCUUACCAGCAGAACAACAGCUACAACCCCUGAAACUACAACCCCUGCAACUACAACCCCUGAAACUACAACCCCUUCAUCUAUAACUCCUGCAACUACAACCCCUUCAACCACAACCCCUGCAACUACAAUCAUUGCAACUACAACCCCUGCAAGUACAACCACAGCAACAGCAAUCACUGCAACUACAAUCAUUGCAACUACAGCUAUUCCACUCAGUACGGUGCCUGUGGUAUUCAGGUCCUUAGGGGAGACCUUCACCUCUGACCUAUCAAACUCAUCAACUCAGGCCUUUCAAAACCGAGCAUUACUCAUUAAAACUCAGCUUGAACCUUUUUAUCAAUCAGCUUUCGUCUCUUUUUAUAGUUUAACUGUGACACAAUUCAGCUCUGGAUCCAUCAUUAAUCAUAUGGAUUUAGCAUUCUACUCCUCCUCUGUACCUAAUAAUACAGAGAUUGGAACCAUUUUGAUAAAAGCUGCACAAAACAUCACAGUGUUUAACAUCGACUUCACCUCAGUGACUGUGAACAACACAGAUAUUUUUGCAGCAACUACGUUACCUCCAUCAUCUGCUGUAGUCACCCCUGUGGCAGAUACUACCACUUCAACAACUGGACAACCUCAUACUGUUCUCGUCACGGCUGCUACGACUGGACCCAGAAACACCACCACUACAUUGUUGUCUCCCUCAACAGUAUCAAAUAUAGGAUCAACCCUGGCCACACUAACUACCAGAACAUCUCCAACCACCACUACAACCAACCCACAAACAACCUCUCCCACAAUAACUACAGCUGUGUCCAACAUCACAACAGCUUCUGUCAACACAACCAAAACCGCAAAUACAACAACUACAGCUUCUAUCAACACAACCAAAGCUGCCAACACAACAACAACCACAGCUUCUGUCAACACAACCAAAGCUGCCAAUACAACAACAACAACAGCUUCUGUCAACACAACCAAAGCUGCCAACACAACAACAACUACAGCUUCUGUCAACACAACCAAAGCUGCCAAUACAACAACAACGACCACAGCUUCUGUCAACACAACCAAAGCUGCCAAUACAACAACAAUGAUCACAGCUUCUCCCUCAACAAGCUUGGGUGCUUCAACAGUCUUUCAAGGUACUCCUACAGCAACUACUUUUCUCCCCUCAACUGUGGCUGGUACCACCACCAGAACAACUGGACAACCUGUCACUGUUCCUAUGACUGGACCCAGAAACACAACCACUACAUUUGGGUCUCCCUCAACAGCAUCAAAUGCAGCAUCAACACUGGCCACACUAACUACCAGAACAACUCCAACUACCACUACAACCAGCGCACCAACAACUACCAAAACCACAACUGCAACUACUACAACAACUACAGCAACUACUAGGACAACCACCACAACUGCGCCUAUUCAACCUGCUCCAGUGGUGGUUUUCAUCAUACAACAACUUUAUGUCCCACAAUUAAGUAACCCUGCGAGUACAGAGUUCCAAACCCUUGCAUUAACUGUUAUUGCAGCGUUUGAUGUGAUCUACAAAACAAAAUACGGAAGCUUCUUCAUUAGGACGAUAGUUCUCGCAUUCACACCUAUUACCCGUUCCCGGAGUGCAGACACGCAGGCUGAGGUGAAGCUGGUGUUUAACCAGACCGCCGCACAACCGGUACCUCAACUUGCUGAAAUUGGGGACACGCUAAAGGCAGCUCUGAACAGUUCCAACAGUACCAUCGGCAACCUCACAGUGGUGUCAGACUCCAUCAAAGUUACAGUACUCACCUCAAAUACAACAGCUACUCCUGUCAUUACUUCCGCCAUCACAUCUACAACCCCUGCAACUACAACCACUAAAACUACAACCACUACAGCUGUUCCACUCAGUAUGGUGCCUGUGGUAUUCAGGUCCUUAGGGGAGACCUUCACCUCUGACCUAUCAAACUCAUCAACUCAGGCCUUUCAAAACCGAGCAUUACUCAUUAAAACUCAGCUUGAACCUUUUUAUCGAUCGGCUUUCAUCUCUUUUAAUAGUUUGACUGUGACAAAAUUCAGCUCUGGAUCCAUCAUAAAUACUAUGAAUUUAGCAUUCCUCUCCUCCUCGGUCCCUAAUAACACAGCGAUUGGCAACGUUUUGAUAAAUGCAGCUCGAAACAUCACAGCUUUCAACAUCGACCCCACCUCAGUGACAGUCAAUGGCAUAGCUAACUCAGGUGUGGGCAGCAAGGCAAGUCUCUUCACAGCUUCCUGUCUGGUGGUUCUGUCAAUGCUCCUAUCAAGACAACAGUGAUCUCAGAGGCAGUCUCCUGAAAAAGCUCUCUCACUCACCGGAAAGAAGCAGUGCAAGAUGCGGUGGUUAUACAUUAUUUACACGCCCCAAUUACAACUAAGAAUGCAAUAGAAAAAUGCAUUAGAUACAGUAUAACACAAUUACCUACUAUUCUGUAAACA